AGGAAGGGAAGCAAAAGGAGGGUAACACGUGUUCGUUCCCGGCCAUCAAGAGGGUGACAACGCCGACAUCCACGGCGCCCAGCCACACACACGUGUCCUGCACACGCCCGCAAAUUCGUGAGGUGUUCGGAGGGGCAGGCCUUCUGAUACAGGAGAGGCAGGGCUUGUCUGGUUGUCAUGUCGGGGGAAGACCCGUUUUUCCCGGAUGCCACCGGGGGCAGCAGCGGCGAGGCCGCGGACCCCGGGGCGGCAGCGUCUGCCGGUUUUGUUGACGCGGGCUCACCGCCGCCGGUAGUGUUCGGCAUGCAGGAACCCGCAGCGUACGACCUCGGCGGGGGAGGCGGCGGCGGGGACCAGUUUGGAGUAGUCGGUGACGGCGAGCAAUUCGGAGGUGGGGGCGGCGGAGGAGAAGGAGGACUCGGAGGAGGAGGAGGACUCGGAGGAGGCGGGGGCGACCAGUUCGAGGGGGUGCCGCUGCAGGCGUCGUCGUCGCCGUACCAGCCAAAACCUACGGACCCCUACAGCCUCGAGGAGGCGGCCGGAGUGAUGGAGGAGGCACAGAGCCAGUUUGACGCCGUGGUGAAGGAGAGGGCCGAAAAGGAGGCCGCCAAGGCGGCUGAGGUGAAGCGCCUGGCGGAGGAGGAGCUCGACGGAUUUUACGACGGGCGCACGGACGAGGUCGCGCGGAGGCAGGCCCGCAGCCGCGAACAGGAGGAGACGUUCCUUAAGGGGGUGUCCGCCUCGAUCGAGGAGUCCACCUCCAACCCUUGGGCCAGGAUAUGCGACCUCGUAGAUUUGAAGAAGCCGGUCAUAUCUGCGAAAUCCUCUUUCUCUGCUGGCGCUGGCGCUUCCGGAGGCGGAGGCGGCGGCGGCAGCCGCAAGGGCUCUGCCAUGGCGCAGAGUGGGAUGGAGGGGGAGGACGUUUUCAGGGCAACCGAAAAGAUGCGAUCGCUCAUCAUUCAGAUGAAAGCGGACACAGCCGAGAGUAACGCGGGCGGCGACACUGGAUAAAGAGGAGUGUGACGAGGAAAAUAGAAACAACAUAAGGACCGCAGUAGCCCGGCUUUGUAAGCACCGAGGCUUACCGCCCUAAAGGCUGUUGUGUUUAGCGUGUGCCCCCCGGGUGGCGAUGCGGCAACGUUCGGACGAACACGAAGUAUAUUCCCAUACCUAGUUCUUGUUGUGAUUGUUUUGCAAUGUGUUGUGCAGCUGCUUUGGUAGGUCUGCUCUGGUUGCCCGCCGAGCCUGUCUGCCUGGUUUCGCAAGUCCUUCACUUUUGUGGAAGUGAGUGCGUUCGACCUGCGCGUGUAUGCAGAGGUAGGGCGGUGUGAUUGCGUAUGGAGGGGAGAAAGGUGCCCCAGUAACCCCCUGUCACUCUUGUGUUGGGUUGCUGCCGUGUUUUUUCGUUUCCAAAGGCUUGAUGAGGCACGUAUGAUCAUGCUGAUCAUGCGCUGGGGUCAUGCGUGUACAGCGUGGGGAGGGUGUGGGGAGGGUGCCACUCGAAGCUAAACACGACCGUCGACGGCGAGAGCAUAGCGCAAUAGAAGUACGUAAUGCAUAGUAGAACGAGAUACCCCGGCGGGGUGGCUUUUUUUUUCCUGUAUCUGAGCCCGUCGGCUAGUAUCUAUGGUGCCGCAUAGCACGCAGUGUGCUCUCCUCCUACUGAUCAACACAACGUCACGACGGCGUGGCGUGUUUUCACAAGAACACUUGCACAAAAACAUAUCCCACCACGACGACGGCCGUGGGAUACUGAGAUAUCGAAGCCGCCGAGCCUUGGCAACUGCGGUCAUCGCAUCCGGAAAGAAACAAAAACUAUGUGCUUCAUGUAGAAAAGCCGGUGCUACAAGUACUAGUAGGUGCCAGGAGGGGAGGGGGGGGGUGCACUACGAACCAAAUAUUGUACCGGUGUCUGUGCUGUAGAUAUUGAAAAUUGUGACACGAAAGGACUCACAGCCUGUGGCAUGCAAACCCGGCGUGUUGUGUUGUUUUUUUGUGUGUUAUCGUUUUGUCCCAUCGUCUGGGAAGCAAGACGCUCUCCCCCCCCGUCUGUCGUUGGUAGUAUUCUGUUUCGGGGACCACGCGACCUCGCUGCCUAUCUGCUUCUUUUGCCAACGUUCGUCUGGCAACAUGUUUUGCAAUGCACGUGUACGGACGAACCGUACAUAGUCUAACGUGCAAAAUUCCACCGUAGAUUAGCUGCAACCGUGGAGGGUGGGCGAACAAACGCUGGUGCCCCCCCCCAUCGCCCCUUUAGUAAGUGUCUCUUGACUUCGGUGCUCCUUUUGGCGGGUGUGUGGGAGAGACUACAGAUAGCAGUGUCGAUUCGAAGCGACAGCAAGACCUGACACCGAACAGGCUUUCUGACAGUUGGCGGGGGUUCCACAAGGUUUUUAGCGCGGGAGACAACAAGAAGAGGCGAACGGUGACGGACGCAGAAGAAAAGAAAAAUGACCUCGAAAGAAAAUCAGUC